CUACAACUGUGUAGGAGAGAACGAAAUCAAACAAUCCAUUCUCGAUAAUUCCUGUAAGCAGAAAAUAGUCAGUCAUCACGAGUUACAGAUAUGUCAAGUCAAGUAAAGGACAAGAAUGGAAAGGACAUCAAUGAAGGGGAUAGGGUAUUCACCAGAAUUAGAGGCGGGAAGCACGAGGGAGAGGUCGAAGAAAUAGUCACGACGCAGGAGGAGGCUGAGAAGGAGAAUGUCAAAAACCCUCCAAAAGUGGUCUUCCGCGAUCAACGCGGUCGCAAGGUUGCCCACAACCCCGAAACGCUCGAAAAUUUGAGUGCACAGGGAUGAUCAAACUUUAUUACAACUCCUGGACAGCUCAUCUGUAGCUAGCAAUCUUUCCAAAUGUAUCAGCCGU